ACCAACCACGGAAAUCAGCUAAACACCAGCUUGGCCAUUCUGAGACAUUAGCCCAAACCGGCUUAUACCAGCUUUGGCUAGAAUCUAAUAUUUCAAAAGCAAUUUUGCAUUAGACAGAAUUCAUUAAAGUUGUUGCUAAAACACAAAAGCUGGACUUUGAAAUGGACGUGACUGGGACUAAAUUGAAUGAAAUAAAGUACAGUGAACAACAUGCGUAACUAACUAUACAUCAAAACCCCUCCCCACUGACAAAACCACACCUCCUAAGGGUCAAUGGUGCAUUUUCAUCACCUUCAUAACAGCCAGCACAUUCGAACGCUUCUCAUUGUCCUGAGGUAGACCCAGCUCAGCUCAACACUAGAGGACUCUUAAGAGACACUGGAGACAAACUAUGUCAGGGGACGCACACCUGAGGUUGCUCUCUAUAGUAGCCUAUUUAUGUGUUCUCAACACUGAGGCUCAUUCAGGUGGUUUUCCACUCACUCUUCCUGACUGGAGGUCAAAUGCAGAUUAUUUCGCAAAGUGUGAUUUUGGCAGUGAUUUGCCGGCAUCCUGCGAUUGGACCUCUGAGGGACCCAUCAGCACUCAGAAGGCAACAGAGGAAACAUCUCUCCAUCCUAACAGUCCAUCUGGUGCGUUUCGCCUCAAGAGUGGAUUUCUUAAGAUCUCAGAAGACUCCUGUCUGGAGUUCUGGUACCAUAAACUUAAGAAGAGUUCUGAACUCAAAGUUUUGCUAGAGGCUGAUUUUCUGCAAACAUUGAUUUGGACCUCAGAGACAUCUAGCACUGGAGACUGGAGACAAGUCUUCAUCCCUCUCACAAAGCAGUCUGACAAAGACAACAUCCAGGUUAUUUUUGAGCUAUUGAAAGGUCUGCAAGACGAUGAACAAACUGCAUUUGACAAAAUGGGAAUACGGAAGGGACAAUGUGGGCCACAAUGUAGGCGAGGAGACACAUUUUGGACUGAUAAAAGCACUCGCUGCACUUGCACUGAUGAGCAACUCAUCUGUUCUCACGACCCUCGGUCCAAAGAUACUUUUGGCACCUGCCAUGUGGCCUCUGACCCACACUACACUACUUUCGAUGGGGUCAGCUUCCAAUUUAAGAGUCCUUGUACCUACGUCUUGUCAAAGGUCUGCGAUGACUCAGGGUUGCUUCCUGAGUUUGCAGUAGAGGUGCAAAAUGAGAAUAAAGGGGACUCGCACGUAUCCUCCAUUCAGCAGGUGAACAUCAAUGUACAUGGUCUGAGAGUGACCAUGGUGAGGACAGAGAGGAGCAAAGUCAUGGUUAAUGGGAUUUGGAAGAAUCUGCCUCUACUCCUGCAAAAAAACAGAGUUACGGUUAAUGCCCAGGGAGAUGCUUUGGUCCUUCAGACAGACUUCAAACUGUCUGUCCUCUACUUGAGAUCCGGUGCCGUACAGGUGAUUGUCCCCAGCCAUUACUCAAACAGAAUCUGUGGCAUGUGUGGUAACUUUAACCACGAGACAGAAGACGACUUCAAGAUCCCAGACGGGUCACUGGUGCAGGACACACAUGUUUUAGGGCAGAGUGUGUGUGGGGAACCCACCCUCCUCAGGGUCUGUACAGAUGCAGAGGAACAGAAGUACGCCAGCGAGGUUUACUGCGGCAUUCUAACAUCCAGACAAGGGCUAUUCUCAACGUGCUCAUCUGUUCUGAAUGCAGAUAGUUUCUUCCGAAGCUGUAUGUUUGAUAUGUGUACAACUCAUGGAGAUCCCACAGCCCUCUGCGAUGCCAUUGAGGCCUUCAGUGCCACCUGCGACAAAGUUGGGAUCUCUGUUCUGGCCUGGAGGAACACAACAUUCUGUCCUGUGGCGUGUGGCCCUCAAAGCCACUAUAACGCCUGUGCCAGCGGCUGCCCUAAGACCUGCUCCAGCCAGGAUGCUACAGGGUCUUGUGGGAUAUGUGAGGAGCGCUGUGAGUGUGACGAUGGCCUCAUGCUCAGCGGAGGAGCAUGUGUAUCAGCUGAUGACUGUGGAUGCUGGGCUAAUGGACAGCAUUAUAUGGUCAGAGAGACAUUUAUGGAGGGUGAAUGUGAGCAACAGUGCCAGUGUUUGGGCAAUGGGAACAUUCAAUGUUCACCUACGUCCUGCAAAACUGAUGAAGUAUGCAUGGUUAAAGAGGGAUUCUUGGGUUGCUUUCCAUCCAGCCCGGUGACCUGCAGCGUCUACGGUGACCCUCAUUACAUCACUUUCGAUGGCAAGGCCUACUCCUUCUGGGGCACCUGCAACUACACCAUAGCAAAAACCUGCGGGGCUACUGACACCCUGUUCACAAUAACGGCACGAAAUGAGGGCCAGAGCAACUCUUCAACUUCCUCUCUUAACUCUGUAGCUCUUGACAUGGAUGGCCUACAUAUUGUCAUUGGAAAGAACAAGCAGGUUUAUGUAAACGGUGGUCGUGUUCGCCUCCCUGCGGAGUUUGGUUCCUCUGUGUCUGUGUUUCAGUCGGGGCCCUACGUUCAGGUUAAUACAAACUUCGGGCUAAGGCUGCUGUUUGGAAACGCCAGGCUGUUCGUCCAGGUGGAUGAACGCUACAGAGGAGUGUUGUGCGGCCUGUGCGGGACCUACUCCGGGAGUCAGUUUGACGACUUUCUGACACCCGACGGCAACACAGUAGCGAAUCCGCACGAGUUCGCCAGCAGCUGGAAUACCAACGACAGCGACUGGACUUGCACUAAUGGCUCUCCAAACCCCCCUGAGUGUCAUCCAGACCUGGAGGAUGAUGCAUAUACAAAGUGCAGUGAACUGUUUGAAGAUGCUUUCAAAGAGUGCCACUGGUUUGUUCCACCACAGAUUUAUGUCAGCAGCUGCGUUUCUGAUUACUGUAUUUCCAAAGGUGACAAAGCUCAGCUCUGCACCUCUUUGGAGGACUAUGUGUCUGCUUGUGAAAUAGCUGAGGUCUUUCUGCCAGACUGGAGGAAUCACACCUUGUGUUUUGCCGAUCCACUGCCAACAGAUGACCCAACACCAAGUCCAUCUUCAGCAAGUUGCCCAUGGAGCUGUAACUUUGAGCAGGAUGAAUGUGGGUGGGAACAACUUAUCCAAGACAGUUUUGAUUGGACCAGAUGGUCAGGGUCAACACCAACAAACUUCACUGGGCCAGCCGGUGACCACACCACGGGAAGUGGCUAUUACAUGUAUAUAGAGGGGGAUAGUGUGGUUCAUGGCGACUCAGCCCGAAUAAUGACCCCCGUCUGCCACACUACUGGCAAGCAGUGUUUGAGCUUCUGGUUUCACAUGUAUGGCUUGGCAAAUGCUAUGUUACUCAACCUCUACAUAUAUGAGAACAAUCGUGUUUUCAAAAUAUGGUCUAGAACUAACAACCAGGGCAACAGUUGGUACCAAGGCCAGGUUGAAAUCAAACCACAACAGCCAUUCCAGAUCAUCAUUGAAGGCAUCAGGGGCUCAAAUCCUCGCUCAGAUGUGUCCAUAGAUGAUGUGUCCAUAAUGCAUGGUGCAUGUGUCCAAGAUUUGGACUCGACCACUCUUGCACCCCAUCCAUCUACUCCAAACUUACAUGACCCCCAUCCAAAUUGCAGAAUGAACUGUGAUUUUGAAAGCGACAUUUGCAGUUGGACUCAAACAGUGACUGAUGUUUUUGAUUGGACAAGACACAAAGGCUCCACCCCCACAUCAAUGACUGGUCCCUCCUCUGACCACACAACAGGAAGUGGGUUUUACAUGUACAUUGAGGGUGACAGUGCUGUCCAUGGCGACACGGCCCGUCUCCUCAGUGCAGAAUGUGCUGAUCCUCAACCUCAGUGUCUUCAGUUCUGGUAUCACAUGUAUGGCUCCAGCUGGACCAUGGGACUGAGUGUCUACCUGCUGCAAUAUGGCAAUGUGGCCAAGGAGAUGUGGAGGAAGAGCGAAGACCAGGGAAACAUGUGGCAUCUUGCACGGGUGGACCUGAGACCAGAUGUUAAGUUUCAGGUGAUCUUUGAGGGCCGUAGAGGAAGCUCAGCCCGGUCAGAUGUAGCCAUUGAUGACGUCUCACUGCACAGAGGAGCCUGUAGCGAUUUACCAAACCAGGCAGCUCCAUCUUCAGUUCCAUUGCCACCAGCUGCAAGAAUGCCACAACCUGCACCCAUCCAAACUACAGAAAUACCAAACACCUUGUCUUCUUGUGGCAUCAGCUGUGAUUUUGAAAAAGACAUUUGCACUUGGACUCAGUUGGCGACUGACGUUUUUGAUUGGACAAGAAAUGGAGGCUCCACCCCCACAUCAAUGACUGGUCCCUCCUCUGACCACACAACAGGAAGUGGGUUUUACAUGUACAUUGAGGGUGACAGUGCUGUCCAUGGCGACACGGCCCGUCUCCUCAGUGCAGAAUGUGCUGAUCCUCAACCUCAGUGUCUUCAGUUCUGGUAUCACAUGUAUGGCUCCAGCUGGACCAUGGGAUUGAGCGUCUACCUGCUGAAAUAUGGCAAUGAGGCCAAAGAGGUGUGGAGAAUGAGAGAAGACCAAGGAAACAUGUGGCAUCUUGCACGGGUGGACCUGAGACCAGAUGUUAAGUUCCAAGUCAGUGAAUCGUCUUGGAAUACUUUAUAUGUGAUCUUUGAGGGCCGUAGAGGAAGCUCAGCCCGGUCAGAUGUAGCCAUUGAUGACGUCUCACUGCACAGAGGAGCCUGUAGUGGUGGGUUUUACAUGUACAUUGAGGGUGACAGUGCUGUCCAUGGCGACACGGCCCGUCUCCUCAGUGCAGAAUGUGCUGAUCCUCAACCUCAGUGUCUUCAGUUCUGGUAUCACAUGUAUGGCUCCAGCUGGACCAUGGGACUGAGUGUCUACCUGCUGCAAUAUGGCAAUGUGGCCAAAGAGGUGUGGAGAAUGAGAGAAGACCAAAGAAACAUGUGGCAUCUUGCACGGGUGGACCUGAGACCAGAUGUUAAGUUUCAGGUUAUCUUUGAGGGCCGUAGAGGAAGCUCAGCCCGGUCAGAUGUAGCCAUUGAUGACGUCUCACUGCACAGAGGAGCCUGUAGUGAUUUACCAAACCAGGCAGCUCCAUCUUCAGUUCCAUUGCCACCAGCUGCAAGAAUGCCACAACCUGCACCCAUCCAAACUGCAGAAAUACCAAACACCUUGUCUUCUUGUGGCAUCAGCUGUGAUUUUGAAAAAGACAUUUGCACUUGGACUCAGUUGGCGACUGACGUUUUUGAUUGGACGAGAAAUGGAGGCUCCACCCCCACAUCAAUGACUGGUCCCUCCUCUGACCACACAACAGGAAGUGGGUUUUACAUGUACAUUGAGGGUGACAGUGCUGUCCAUGGCGACACGGCCCGUCUCCUCAGUGCAGAAUGUGCUGAUCCUCAACCUCAGUGUCUUCAGUUCUGGUAUCACAUGUAUGGCUCCAGCUGGACCAUGGGAUUGAGCGUCUACCUGCUGCAAUAUGGCAAUGUGGCCAAAGAGGUGUGGAGAAUGAGAGAAGACCAAGGAAACAUGUGGCAUCUUGCACGGGUGGACCUGAGACCAGAUGUUAAGUUCCAGGUGAUCUUUGAGGGCCGUAGAGGAAGCUCAGCCCGGUCAGAUGUUGCCAUUGAUGAUGUCUCACUGCACAGAGGAGCCUGUAGCGAUUUACCAAACCAAGCAGCUCCAUCUUCAGUUCCAUUGCCACCAGCUGCAAUAAUGCCACAACCUGCACCAUUCCAAACUGCAGAAAUACCAAACACCUUGCCUUCUUGUAGCAUCGACUGUGAUUUUGAAAGAGACAUUUGUGCUUGGACUCAGUUGGCGACGGAUGUUUUUGAUUGGACAAGAAACGGAGGCUCCACCCCCACAUCAAUGACUGGUCCCUCCUCUGACCACACAACAGGAAGUGGGUUUUACAUGUACAUUGAGGGUGACAGUGCUGUCCAUGGCGACACGGCCCGUCUCCUCAGUGCAGAAUGUGCUGAUCCUCAACCUCAGUGUCUUCAGUUCUGGUAUCACAUGUAUGGCUCCAGCUGGACCAUGGGAUUGAGCGUCUACCUGCUGCAAUAUGGCAAUGUGGCCAAAGAGGUGUGGAGAAUGAGAGAAGACCAAGGAAACAUGUGGCAUCUUGCACGGGUGGACCUGAGACCAGAUGUUAAGUUCCAGGUGAUCUUUGAGGGCCGUAGAGGAAGCUCAGCCCGGUCAGAUGUAGCCAUUGAUGACGUCUCACUGCACAGAGGAGCCUGUAGCGAUUUACCAAACCAGGCAGCUCCAUCUUCAGUUCCAUUGCCACCAGCUGCAAGAAUGCCACAACCUGCACCCAUCCAAACUGCAGAAAUACCAAACACCUUGUCUUCUUGUGGCAUCAGCUGUGAUUUUGAAAAAGACAUUUGCACUUGGACUCAGUUGGUGACUGACGUUUUUGAUUGGACAAGAAAUGGAGGCUCCACCCCCACAUCAAUGACCGGUCCCUCCUCUGACCACACAACAGGAAGUGGGUUUUACAUGUACAUUGAGGGUGACAGUGCUGUCCAUGGCGACACGGCCCGUCUCCUCAGUGCAGAAUGUGCUGAUCCUCAACCUCAGUGUCUUCAGUUCUGGUAUCACAUGUAUGGCUCCAGCUGGACCAUGGGACUGAGUGUGUACCUGCUGCAAUAUGGCAAUGUGGCCAAAGAGGUGUGGAGAAUGAGAGAAGAUCAAGGAAACAUGUGGCAUCUUGCACGGGUGGAUCUGAGACCAGAUGUUAAGUUUCAGGUGAUCUUUGAGGGCCGUAGAGGAAGCUCAGCCCGGUCAGAUGUAGCCAUUGAUGACGUCUCACUGCACAGAGGAGCCUGUAGCGAUUUACCAAACCAGGCAGCUCCAUCUUCAGUUCCAUUGCCACCAGCUGCAAGAAUGCCACAACCUGCACCCAUCCAAACUGCAGAAAUACCAAACACCUCAGCUUCUUGUAGCAUCGGCUGUGAUUUUGAAAAAGACACUUGUGCUUGGACUCAGUUGGCGACUGACGUUUUUGAUUGGACAAGAAACGGAGGCUCCACCCCCACAUCAAUGACUGGUCCCUCCUCUGACCACACAACAGGAAGUGGGUUUUACAUGUACAUUGAGGGUGACAGUGCUGUCCAUGGCGACACGGCCCGUCUCCUCAGUGCAGAAUGUGCUGAUCCUCAACCUCAGUGUCUUCAGUUCUGGUAUCACAUGUAUGGCUCCAGCUGGACCAUGGGACUGAGUGUCUACCUGCUGCAAUAUGGCAAUGUGGCCAAAGAGGUGUGGAGAAUGAGAGAAGACCAAGGAAACAUGUGGCAUCUUGCACGGGUGGACCUGAGACCAGAUGUUAAGUUCCAGGUGAUCUUUGAGGGGCGUAGAGGAAGCUCAGCCCGGUCAGAUGUAGCCAUUGAUGAUGUCUCACUGCACAGAGGAGCCUGUAGCGAUUUACCAAACCAGGCAGCUCCAUCUUCAGUUCCAUUGCCACCAGCUGCAAUAAUGCCACAACCUGCACCCAUACAAACUGCAGAAAUACCAAACACCUUGCCUUCUUGUAGCAUCGACUGUGAUUUUGAAAGAGACAUUUGUGCUUGGACUCAGUUGGCGACGGAUGUUUUUGAUUGGACAAGACACAGAGGCUCCACCCCCACAUCAAUGACUGGUCCCUCCUCUGACCACACAACAGGAAGUGGGUUUUACAUGUACAUUGAGGGUGACAGUGCUGUCCAUGGCGACACGGCCCGUCUCCUCAGUGCAGAAUGUGCUGAUCCUCAACCUCAGUGUCUUCAGUUCUGGUAUCACAUAUAUGGCUCCAGCUGGACCAUGGGAUUGAGCGUCUACCUGCUGCAAUAUGGCAAUGUAGCCAAAGAGGUGUGGAGAAUGAGAGAAGACCAAGGAAACAUGUGGCAUCUUGCACGGGUGGACCUGAGACCAGAUGUUAAGUUCCAGGUGAUCUUUGAGGGCCGUAGAGGAAGCUCAGCCCGGUCAGAUGUAGCCAUUGAUGAUGUCUCACUGCACAGAGGAGCGUGUAGCGAUUUACCAAACCAAGCAGCUCCAUCUUCAGUUCCAUUGCCACCAGCUGCAAUAAUGCCACAACCUGCACCCAUCCAAACUGCAGAAAUACCAAAAACCUCAGAUUCUUGUAGCAUCGACUGUGAUUUUGAAAAAGACAUUUGUGCUUGGACUCAGUUGGCGACUGACGUUUUUGAUUGGACAAGAAACGGAGGCUCCACCCCCACAUCAAUGACUGGUCCCUCCUCUGACCACACAACAGGAAGUGGGUUUUACAUGUACAUUGAGGGUGACAGUGCUGUCCAUGGCGACACGGCCCGUCUCCUCAGUGCAGAAUGUGCUGAUCCUCAACCUCAGUGUCUUCAGUUCUGGUAUCACAUGUAUGGCUCCAGCUGGACCAUGGGACUGAGUGUGUACCUGCUGCAAUAUGGCAAUGUGGCCAAAGAGGUGUGGAGAAUGAGAGAAGACCAAGGAAACAUGUGGCAUCUUGCACGGGUGGACCUGAGACCAGAUGUUAAGUUCCAGGUGAUCUUUGAGGGGCGUAGAGGAAGCUCAGCCCGGUCAGAUGUUGCCAUUGAUGAUGUCUCACUGCACAGAGGACCCUGUAGUGAAAUCACUCUCUUGGAGAUGCAUGGAAAUUAUGACAGCAUAAGCGAAAAUAUCAUGAUGAACCCAAACAAGGAGGUGGCUAAGAAAGAAAGCUGGAAAGCAACAGAUGACAAAAUCACAGCAAGAAGAAGGCGGUCACUACUGUUUAGGGAACGUUCUCGGGCUUGAGCUGAAACACUACGAGGCAAACCAUUAGCUGAAAGCACCUGUCAUCUGUCAAUAUGAACCCACUCAACAUCAAAGCUCAAGAGCUACUCAGACCAGUUUUAGCAAGGUCAUUUGCUGUGUUGUUUUCCUAGGAAAUAUCUCUAACAGUUAUUUCAUAUUAUGAUUUAAACAUGACACCAUUGAAAGAUGUGUUUUCCCCUAAAAUCACUGUGAUUUUUUUUUUUCCCUCAAGUUCACGUCUCCUAGCAGAGUAACCACUUUACAUUGAUUAUGAGAAUGUUACACUAAUAUUUACACAUCCAUAGAACGUCUGAAUACUUAUUUUAAUUUUCAACAA